CACACUGUGAUCACUACAUUCACAAUUUAGGAAAGUCUAAAGCAAGUUAGUAGAAAUGUUCAAGUUUUUGUUGAUCGUUGCUCUGGUGCCAGCCAUCACCUUGGCCGGAGUUAGCUUCCGACCAUGCCCAAACAACGCUCCUCUACCAAAAAGUUUAACAGUGAACGACUGCAUCGGAAACGACUGUGUGCUGGUUGCUAAAAAAUCGCUGUACUCCGUCGGUGUUGGCCUCAUCGGUCGCUUCAACAGCAAAACGGCCACAACAAAACUCAUUGCCCGUUCCCGGAAUGGCGGAGACUUGGGCUUCAAAACGCCCCGUGGGCUGGUCAACGCUUGCAAUGGAAGCAUCAGUGGUGGCUGUCCAAUCGUUGCCGGAAAAGCAUUCAACUAUUCCGUUUAUAUUGACGUGUUGGAUAUUCCUGCCAUUAAUCUACCGGUGGAAAUCGAAGUGAAUUUAACUGGCGACAGUGGUGUUCCAUUGACCUGUGCACGUUUUAAUGCUAGAAUUUCGAGAAGAUGAUGUGAAUUUGUGUCAUUGUCAUGAUUAAAGUGUUGUGGUUUUAAUUACAAUAUAGGUAGAAUUUUCAGUUUUUUUUAUAAUGAUUCAAACAACAGAACAUUUUCAGUGAAUAAGUCACAGCCCAAAGUGUAUAUGUCGAGUGAAACUAAACAAGCGAAAAUAAUCUGAAAAUUAGAA